UUACAAACCUCGGAACAGGCCACAUUUCUAUAAGCAUUAUAUUAUAUAUAUUACAAAAAUAUUUCCAUUUACCUUUUUGGCUCGCGCCGCAAAAGCAAAAUCGUACAAAUUCAUUGUUAGUUUUUAGCAAUACCAAAAGUAAUUACAAAUAAGGAAGGCACAGUGCCGCAAUCGAUACGCGUUGUUCAGAAUGAAUCCCACCAAUUUGGGCAGGCAGAACGGAGCUGUGGUGCUAGAGGUGUUGAAGGUGCUGGGUCGUCCGGCGACCAGUUACGAGGUGGCCGAAAGGGUGGCCGAUGUCUAUCGUUUGCCGCUGCAGCGCAUCCGUCCAGUGGUCACCGACGUCCUCGAGGGCGGAAAGCGCGAGGGCUUCUUCAGCUGCCUCAACGGUCGCUACUCGGUGGUGCAGCCGGUGGUGGACCAACUGGGUCGGGACAUCGAUCAGUAUGCCGCCGAGAUUCUGGCUGGGUGCAGUGCCGAGGGAGCCCUGCCCCAGAUGUCGCCCCUGAUGCUCAAGCUCCAGCAGCUGGACGGAUCGCCGUCCAUGGUGAAUGGGAAUCGGUACCGCCGGACGACCUCGGGGGAGCAACGCGAACGGAUGCCCUCCGGGGAUGUGCCCAUGGACGCCCGUCUCCUCAUGCUGCCCGUCGUCUCUACCCUACUGUGAAAAUUCUCCAUCCAUCAAAUUGUCCAACCCAUUGCACAGAUCUGUGAGUGCAAUCAAAAACUUCUGGCGUCCAAUAAACUUUGGGGCAAGGCUCCGAAUAGAA